UUCGUUUUCAGAGCUCGGUAGUCAUAUAUCCGUACAAAGCUGGAUUCUCUGUAGAAUUUAAAAUAGGCGUUUCAAUCAUGCAUUUCAACGCUCAGGUUUUGUGAGCCAUGUGCAAGCAAUCCAUCGAAAUUGUGUUAUUGUCUUCAGUCACUGAGAGCACUGACAGACGGCAACAGAGUGGAAGGACAGUAGGAGCUAUGAAGCUGCUUCCUGUCCAUCCAAUACUUUGGUCCAGUUUGCUGGUUUUGUGUGCCUCACAAAGUGAGAUGGAGUCCCCAGUCUGUAAGGCUGAAAAAGAUCCGGGCAACAUCCAUACACAGCCUAUCGGGCAGGUGCACAAUGUCGAGGAGGAUAAGGUGUUCGAUAACUUUUGCUGCCUCCUUUACCCAACAAAUAUACUCAACUGCUCCUGGUCAUUCCACACUUUAGAGGAGGAUGCUCAGCUCUUUGUCCACAUCAGUAUCUGUGACGGCAAUAGCAAGGUUCACUAUCCAAACCUUUCGUCGGAGAGAGUUGGAUCAAUGUCUUUGAUUCUGCGAGAGCAUGAGAAUUUAUAUGUAAUCCUCCACUUCAACAUAACCCUGCAUGACAAGUGGACCGUCUACUCCUGGGAAAACAACAUGAACAUGCUAGAGGUCCUGCUUCCACCCCAGAAGAUUGCUGCAUCAUUCAAAGAUGGAAGCCUGUUGGUGACAUGGGGUCUUCCCCAAAGUCGAGUUAACUAUAAACCCUCGUGCUUUGAAUACCAGCUGGACAUGGGUGACCAGGAAAGACCCAAAUACUUGACCAACCAGCUGGUUUACACAGAGCCCAACGCAGAUCCCACCAGCACCUACAACCUGAGGAUGAGGAUGAGGAAGAUGGAAAAAUGCCAAGAAUCUUCAUGGAGUGAAUGGAGUCCCUCUGUCACAGUGGAACAGUCGGUUCACAAACUCAGCACUCUGGUGAUCGUCUCAAUUUCACUUGGGAUACCCAUGAUCCUCCUGGCUGUGCUGCUGCUGUUGCGCCAUCAGAGGGUUUCUAAGGUUCUGUUUCCUCCCAUUCCUUGCCCCCCGCCAAAGUACAAAUGUUUCCUGGAAAAAAGUGAAACAUUCAAUAUCUACCCUGCUCAGCCAGCCGACCCCGAGAUCACAGAGGUGGAGUACACGGAGCGAAAGCCUGAAAAGACAUGAUCAAAGCAAUGUGGGAAGACACAUUCAAGUGUUUGAAAAAAGGAACAUCUUACUGCCAGGCCAGACCAUUAAACAAUUAGCAUAAGUGUGCAUAAGUGUGCAUAAGUGUGCAUAAGUGUUUUUACUCCGCUUGGUCAUCAUCUUGUGAAUAUAAACAAGGGGGACAUGUUCAGUGAUGAGUUUUGAAGAAAUACAUUUGUUUAGCCUGAACUUGCCAGUUAGCCGCUAUUGAAACGUAGAUCUAUAGUGCUUCUACAAAACAUGUUUAUUUUUUUGGGGUGUGAAGUAAAGUUGAGUGAUAUAAUAAAAUAUCAAAUGCUCAUUUAAAGUGAAUUCAAGUGAAUUAGUCAACCUUUAUUUAUAUAAGGUAGUCCAAUAAGAGCCUUUCACACUCUGUAUGGGAGCCUACAGAGGACAAAAAACGUUUAGACAAAGAAAACAAUUUCACAAAUCAACAUUAUGAUUACAUUAUUACGAGGGUUUUAAGAAAAGAGCAUCAAACCACCAUUAAACAAAAUGUGAA